AUGACGAACUCUACAACUAUGACCUUCUCGGAUCUUCUGACGGCUCUGCAAGAGGUUGAAGAGGGACUUUUAGCUGAAGAUGACGAGCUUGUCUCAUCGGCGCAGAAAUUGGCUCUACUGCCGAAAGUAAUCAGCAAGAGCAGAGAGCAAGGGCUAUUGACGGAAGAUCUGGUCUAUCGCUUGCAUCAAGCUGCCCAUAGGAUACGAGUCGUUUCGAAGACCAGGCUCAACAUAGAAGAGGUAUAUUCCAAGCUCGAGUGCGAUUUUAAGGAGGAGACUAUUAGCAUCAAAAAGAAGGAAUACGAGACUUCCGAUCAAGCCAAGCCUUCGGACCUCAGCGAGAGCCUGCCAUCGUACAACAUGCGCAAGCACUUCCUCGAGCAUCUCGACAAUCCAUAUCCCUCGCAAGGAGACAAGGAGUCUCUCGUCGAAGCCACCAACGCUUCCGCCGCUCAGCGCAAGAAGUCCGAGGAACGAGGCAGCGAUCUGCAAAUUAACCAGCUGACGCUCUGGUUCAUCAACGCGCGCCGACGCUCUGGCUGGUCCAGCAUCCUUCGCAAGUUCGCCCGCAACGAUCGCCAACGCAUGAGUCUGCUGAUGCAGACCAAGAUGGACGCCUGCAACAUGGGCUCCCCCCACGAACGAUCGCCCGCAAUCCUUGUUCACAGCGUGGACGACGUGCUUCGCGACAAUCUCGGACGGCUCACCAACGCGGACAAGAAGGAGUUCGAGGACGACUGGACGAGCAUGAUCAGCUGGCUCAAGUACGGCGUCAAGGAGAAGGUCGGCGACUGGGUGUACGACAUCGUCGCCAACAGCAAGAAGCCUCUCAAGGCCGGACAGCCCCGCACAGUUACGACGGCAGCCAACCGCACUCCGGUUCGCAAGACGACAGCAUCUUCGAGGCCAAAGCGGGCCACUCGCAGGAUCAGCAAGACGCCUUCAGUGGACAGCGAUAUUUCGUCGGAGCACGAAUCGACUCCCGAGCUCAGCAUGUGCUCGACGGCGGACACGAGCUUCAGCUCCUUUGGCAGCAACAUUUCGCUCUUGCAGUACGAUCCAUUCUGGGCGUCACACGAGGCGCUACUCAGCCCGACACUCCAAGCAGCUGCGACUAGGAAGGUCAAAGCGCUCCCCAAGCGUUCUCAGAAGGCAGACUCCGCAGACGAAGGCGGAUCUCUUGCACUGGCGAUGCUGCCCAACAGACUCUCGUCCGCAUCUGCGGAAAGCGCUCUUCGCCACACCAGCUACCUUCCACACACGUUUCCAGGCGCACAGACCACUGGCGUUCCGACACAGCUCUACCCGCCAUACGAUGCGCUCGGACGCGCGCCGAUGCCUACCAUCCGACGGGAGUCGCUCGCCAGCAACAGCCUUUCUGCCGCCUUUGGCUGA